GAUCAAGGAAUUCUUCAAUUAUUAUUACUCUCUCUCUCUCUCACACACACACACACAUGUAUUUGUAGUACUCCGUAUAAUUUAAAAAAAAAAGAUUACAUUUCUAUAUUAAGUGGGUCGGGCCGGGGAAGGUCGGAGCGGUACGAGUCAAUACUAAUACCCGAACACGCCUUAUUUUAUUCACGGGGCGGAGCGGACCUGCCCCAUUUGCAAGACGGGGCGGGCCGAACCCACCCCAAAUGUCUCGGGGCAGGGUGGGUGUCUACGGGCCGAGUUUUUUUGACAUGCUUAGUUCCAAAGUCCCACUCCUAGAUAUAUGUGAAAUUGUGAAGUAUUGGGCUGGAUACGUAAAUAGAGAUUUGGCAAAACUGUAUGUCUAUAUGCCAAAUUAACGAGUCAAGGCCCAAAAUAGUCAACAAUGACUGCGUCAAAUCGUCGCCCACUUUGGAAUGACGCUUUACACCCUUAAACUUAUUUUGGUUCUUGGUUACGCAUCGACCGCCAGAGGCGAGCCAACAAACGGUCAAUAAACCGCCGGCGUUUCUCGUUCGAAGUGAACUUCAGAAUUUUAACCCAUUUUCUCUGCAUAGAUGGAAAAUCUAACUCAAGAAUCGAACCUCCGGUCUGAAAAUACUGUCACCUAUGACUCUCCAUACCCAAUUUUCGCCAUGGCGGUGUCCUCCUUCGGUUCCGCCACCCACGGCCCCCGGCGACGCAACAUUGCCGUCGGCAGCUUCAUCGAAGAAUACAAAAACCGGGUCGAGAUUCUCUCCUUCGAAGAAGACACUGUAACUCUCAAGCCAAACCCGGCGCUAGCCUUCGAUCACCCUUACCCGCCGACGAAGCUGAUGUUCCACCCAAACCCUACAUCCGCCGACCUUCUCGUCUCCUCCGGCGACUACCUCCGGCUCUGGGAAGUCCGGGAAUCUUCCGUUGACCCGAUUUCCACUUUCAAUAACAGCAAAACGAGCGAAUACUCCGCCCCGCUGACCUCCUUCGAUUGGAACGAGGCUGAGCCGCGGCGGAUCGGGACAUCCAGCAUCGACACCACCUGUACGAUCUGGGAUAUAGAGAAAGGGGUCGUGGAAACCCAAUUGAUAGCACACGACAAAGAGGUAUACGACAUAGCCUGGGGGCAGGCCGGAGUUUUCGCGUCGGUUUCCGCCGACGGGUCGGUUCGAAUCUUCGAUUUGAGAGAUAAAGAACACUCCACGAUCAUAUACGAGAGCCCUCAGCCGGAAACGCCAUUGUUGAGGUUAGCUUGGAACAAGCAAGACUUGAGGUACAUGGCGACCAUUUUAAUGGACAGCAAUAAGAUCGUGAUAUUGGAUAUAAGGUCCCCGGCGAUGCCGGUGGCGGAGCUGGAGCGGCACAAUGGCAGUGUGAAUGCGAUUGCUUGGGCCCCACAGAGCUACAGACACAUAUGCUCUGGUGGAGACGAUGGGCAGGCCCUUAUCUGGGAAUUGCCCACCGUUGCGGGCCCAAAUGGGAUCGAUCCGUUGUCUAUGUAUUGGGCUGGAUCUGAAAUUAAUCAGCUCCAGUGGUCUGCGGCCCAGCCUGAUUGGAUUACUAUUGCGUUUUCUAACAAGUUGCAGAUGCUUAAAGUGUGAGAUAGACAACAAAGUUUGCAUCUUUACUAGAUUUGUAGGAGUGUAUGUGCUGGGUUAUUGGUCAUCAAUUGAUCAAUUAUUGUGUUUGGUAACUAUGUACUGUGUUAUUAAGUUGGUGUGUUUGGUAUUUGUCGAUGAGAUUGUUGAAUGUUAGGAACUUAUAUGCCUUCCGGUUCGUUUGGUUUCCGGCGGUUUUUGUCCCAACCCGCUGCAAUAUGCAGCGUUUUACGUGUUAAAAUAAGGCGUUUUCGGUAAAACGUCAAUUCCCAAACAACCCUGAAUCCUCUCUGCUUGAAUGGGUGUAUAUAGUUUCUUGAACAAGGACAUCCUUUACCUUUAGUUCUGCCAUAACACUUCAGAUUCGGUUCGAUCAGUUUCUAUGUUUUCGGGUCAGUUUGAACUGAGUUGGAAAAUGAUUGUCAAACUAAAUCAAAAUUAUGUUAUGGUUUGUUUUGUACAAUGUGGUUUAGAUUUGCUUGUUUUUAAAAAUUUAUUAAACUUUGUUAAACUGUAUUUCUGUUCGAGUUUAUCCAGUUCCCUUGAUUUGUAUUCAGUUCUGUUUCAGUUUCAUAUUCUAUUUGU